CAUCAGGUGGGCACGGUGUGAUUGACAGCUCGGCUGACGUCAGUGCCCCGGCGCGGCGCUCCCUCCCUCUCCCUCCCUCUCUCUCCCUCUCUCCCUCUCUCCCUCUCUCUCGCUCUCUCUCUCUCUCUCUCUCUCUGUCCCUCUCCCUCUCCCCCGCGGAAGAGGACACCGGCCGUACUGAAUCACAUCGCCUCCGGCACUCGGCAGAUUGCCCCGAUUACACCGCCGCGGUCUCCUUCGUGACGUUGUAUUUUCAUAGAGAAGAUGAGUCUGCUGCAACUGUUUUUGAAGCCAUAGCCAACUUGGAGUGAAACAACAAGAUGUAGGAAGCUAAAGGAUCCAAGAAGCCUUUAGAAGCUAAAGGCAAGGAAGAGAACCAAACCUGCCAGUUGACAGCUGACUACUGUGGAGGAGAGCUUGCAUGGUCAGAGACUGUGGAAAGUUGCCGGCUGCAAUCGAGCCCACCAAAGAAAGUUUACCCAGGAAGAGCCUCAGAUUGGAUUAAGGUUCAGCUGUUGCUGUAACACGGCAGAUAUAAACAGCAGUACAUCUCUCAGUGGGCUGUUCGGUGCAGUUACGGAGCUGAGGAAGACAGGCACGUGUCUGCUCUGUUAUUGCAAGCCACCAUGAGAAUUCCAGCAGGCGCUCAACAUCCCUAGAAAGUCCUCUGAAGCCAUGCUGACCAGAAGUUAAUCCUCUUUGACGGGGGACUGUAUAGUUUGCCUAACUGAUCAUUGAGAGGAAAAAAAAAUCUAAUAAUUUUUCGGAUGAAAAUAAAGAUCAAGGUCCACUGUGACUAGGGAAAUGGCUGAGAAUUUUGUCUGUGUCACCCAUGUCCACGGAUUUGACCUAGGUGCUCGCUACAUUGACUUGCAGCCUCUGGGUUAUGGCGCCAAUGGACUGGUCUUUGCAGCCAUCGACAGCCAAAGCUACCGAAAAGUCGCAGUGAAAAAGAUCACUAUUAGUGACGCCCGAAGCCUCAAGCACGCUCUGCGGGAGAUCAAGAUUAUCCGGCGAUUGGAUCAUGACAACAUUGUAAAGGUUUUUGAGGUUCUGGGUCCCAAGGGAAGCGAUAUACCUCAAGACAUUUAUCGGUUGAGUGUGGUUUAUAUUGUCCAAGAACACAUGGACACUGACCUUGCUCGCCUCUUGGAACAGGGACCCCUUUCGGAGGAGCACGCCAAGCUCUUCAUAUACCAGCUGCUUCGAGGACUUAAGUACAUACACUCAGCCAACAUACUGCACCGAGACCUAAAGCCGGCCAAUAUCUUCAUCAAUACCGAAGACCUGGUGUUGAAAAUUGGGGACUUUGGAUUGGCGAGGAUUGUGGAUCCACACUACUCCCAUAAAGGUCAUCUUUCGGAAGGCUUAGUAACAAAGUGGUAUCGGUCUCCACGUCUCCUUCUUUCACCAAACAACUAUACCAAAGCCAUUGACAUGUGGGCGGCUGGCUGUAUAUUGAUAGAGAUGCUGACUGGAAAGAUGUUGUUUGCUGGUGCACAUGAGCUGGAACAGAUGCAGCUGAUUCUGAAAACAAUUCCUGUCGUCCGAGAGGAGGACAAACAGGAGCUACUCCGUGUCAUGCCAGCUUACAUCAGCCCAAAGUGGGAGGUUUCAAAACCCCUGAGAGAUCUACUUCCUGAAGGAAAUGCCGAAGCCAUCAAUUUCCUGGAAAGGAUCCUGACAUUUAACUCGAUGGAUCGCUUAACAGCGGAAGAGAGCUUGGCGCAUCCCUUUAUGAGCCCUUACUCGUGCCCGCAGGAUGAGCCAGUAUCUCAGCAGCCUUUCAGAAUUGAAGACGAGAUAGAUGACAUACUACUGAUGGAAGCAAGCCAGAGCCAGAUGUUCAACUGGGAGAGAUAUCACGACAGCUUCUCUUCUGACCUGGAGUGGCUCCGGGACAAAUAUGGGGACUUAGAUGAGGUGCAGCGAGAUCCCCGUGCUAUGUUCAAAGCUGUGGCAGAGGAUGUACAGGUCGACCCGCGUAAAUAUUCACAGAGCAGCUCAGAGAGGCUCCUGGAGCAGUCUCACACAUCAAUGGACCGAGUGUGUGAAAUGGACUACGGACGAUCGUGCGAUUAUAAAAUUGGAUCGCCCUCGUACCUGGAUAGACUACUCUGGAGGGACAACAAACCCCAUCAUUACUCUGAACCCAAGCUUAUUCUGGAUCUGUCUCAUCGGAAAAGAACAGCAACUGCCUCGUGUGUGGCUGUUUCUCUAGAUGAAGGAAAAUCUGAUCUCCUUUUGAAAGUCUCGGACUACAGGAAUGGGAGUCCUUUGAAAAUUGAUUGUUCCAGCUCUCUGCCAAACAUUCAGGAAAGGAGUCAGCCGUCAUCCCCGCGCACUUUGGCCUCUUCAGAAAUAUCAAACGGGGCAGGCUCCCAAUUUGAUUUUGAUGUCUUCAUCUCCAGAGCGCUGAAGCUUUGUGGGAAGCAGGAAGAGCUAGCCGAUAGUAAACUGAACGAUUUGAAUGGUACUUGUCUGCCAGAACAUACCAAUGAAAUUGUGCAGACCGAAGUUAAUGAGAAAGAGAGGUGGUAAAAUUCAGCCUUAUUGGUUGUUUCUGGAAUUAAGGCACUGGGGUUUCACUUCAGAAAGGUGACAGCUCAACAAAACAAGCAGAACAUCCUAAUGGAAAAUAAGCAGGAAAAUUAAUUCUUGGAGAUGUUAUGGGCUUGAUUCAUUCCAAUCCAGGAUCACUACUUCACCCAUUGGAAGGUAGCUGGUAGUGAUGCUUUUAGAAAUAUGAAAGCUUGCAAUUUUUUGUGUAUUCCUAGACAAUAUCACCAAUGGUUUUAUACCAGCAGUGGCUGCUUUAUUCGGUACCUCCUAUACCUAAUAAAGUGGCCACUGAGUAUACGUUCAUGGUCUUCUGCUGCUGUAGCCCAUCCACUUCAAGGUUCGAUAUGUUGUGUGUUCAGAGAUGCUCUUCUGCACACCACUGUUGUAACGCGUGGUUAUUUGAUUUACUGUCACCUUCCUGUCAGCUUGAACCAGUCUGUCCAUUCUCCUCUGACCUCUCUCAUUAACAAAGUGUUUUCACUCAUAGAACUGCCACUCACUGGAUGUUUUUUUUUGUUUUUCACACCAUUCUCUGUAAACUCUAGAGUAGGGGUUCCCAAUCUGGGGUCCAUGGACCCCUUGCUUAGUCCAUGGCAUAAAAAGUUUGGGAACUCCUGAUCUGAAGAUAGAUGUGCAUGAAAAUCCCAGGAGAUCAGCAGUUUCUGAGAUACUCAAACCAUCCCAUCAGGCACCAAUAUCAGAGUCACUUAGGUCACAUUGCUUCUCCAUACUGAUGUUCGGUCUGAACAACAACCGAACCUCUUGACCAUGUCUGCAUGCUUUCAUGCAUUGAGUUGCUGCCACAUGAUUGGCUGAUUAGAUAUUUACAUUAACAAGCAGGUGUACCUAAUAAAGUGGCCACUGUGUGUAUUUCUCUGAUUUAAAAAACCCAAUAACAUUAAGUGACACGUAUUAAAUCUUUGGUUUAUGUUAUUGAAUUAGGGGCAAUAACAUAAUUUAUUUUCAAAAUUUAAAUCCAUUUUUUAUACUUGAUACAUUGCCCAGUUGUUACUUUCUGCUAUUUUGUUCUCAGUUUGUAUGCGGAACUUCUGAAGUGAUUAUUUUAUAUCUGCCCCACUUCACAUGCAAAGCCUCCUGAAUACCUUCCAUUUCAAGUUCAAACUGAAGUUCAAAUUCAAGUUUAAUUGUCAUUCAACCAUACGCAUGAAUAUAGCCAAACAAAACAGUAUUCCUCUGGGGCCAAGGCACAAAGCACAGACAACACUCACACUCAGCACACAGCACAUAUAGUACGUAUAUUUAUGAUAGCAGAAAAACAUAGUUACAAAAAUUACUUUAAAAAUAAUAAUAUAGCCCAGGUCCCUGAGUUGUCAUGCCCUGUAGAUCGAUUGUGCCUGGGAUGGUUGCAUUCCUGCCUACCCCUUCAACAAGAAUCCUGAUGGGUUUUAUUUGGGCAUGGCUUUGAGCGCAGAUCAUACACGCAAGAGAUUCUGCAGAUGCUGGAAAUCCAGAGUAACACACGCAAAAUGCUAGAGGAACUCAGCAGGUCAGGCAGCAUCUAUGGGAAAGAGUAAACAGUCGACGUUCUGGGCCAAGACCCUUUUUCGGGACGGGAAGGAAGGGGAAAGAUGCCAGAAUAUGAAGGUUGGGAGGAAGGGAGGGAGGACGGCUAGAAGGUCAUAGGUGAAGCCGGGUGGGUGGGAAAGGUGAAGAGCUGGAGUGGAAGGAAUCUGAUGGGAGAGGAGACUGGACCAGAAGAGAAAGAGGAGGAGGAAAGGCUAAGAAUGUCAAAGCUUGGAAAUUCCACCAGGCAACUACAAUUGAAAUUUAAAUAAUAAUAAAAAUUAGUAUGCGGGUAAAUUCUGGGCAUUAUGGAACUUAGUCUGAAUGAUUUGUUGCCAAAAUUCCUUAAUCUGCAUAAUUUUUAUCUGAGCAGCUGAACUGAAGAGCAUCUGCUGUGUUAGCAUCAGCCCAAGAGAUCUCCUUCAGCCUUUAUUUGCUAAUUUUACAAAAUGAUCUGUAUUAAUUUAUAUUUUCCCUAAGCAUAACACUGAAAAACAGAACCAAGAGUUCAUUUAACCAAAUGGUAAUUUUGGAUGAAAGAUACAUAAUAGAACAGGAUCGAAAAAACAUUUCGGUUACUGACAUAAAACAUUUUUAUAACGAAAUUUAAAGUUCAAAGUUACUACCAAAUCUAAAAAGGUCAAAGUAAAUUAAAUUAUCAUAGUACAGAUAUAUCACCAGAUACAACCCGGAGAUUCAUUUUCUUGCAAACAUUCACAGUAAAUCCAAGAAACACAAUAGAAUCAAUGAAAGACUGUAUAUAAUAAGACAGACUAAUAACCAAUGUGCAGAAAGAAAUAACAAACUACAAAUAUAAAAAGAAAGAGGGAAAAAUAGAAACAAUUAUAAUAAUAAAUAAAUAAUAAAUACCGAGACCAUGAGAUGAACAGUGCUUGUAAGUGGGUCCAUAAGUUGUGGGAACAGUUGGUUGGGGUGAGUGAAGUUAAUCUCUCUGGUUCAGGAGUGUGAUUGCCGAGGAGUAUUAAAUCUUGCUGAACCUGGUGGUGUGGGCCCUGAGGCUCCUGUACAUCCUUCCUGAUGGCAGCAGUAAGAAGGAAGUCAUUUUGUUUUGAAAUGGUAUAUUUUUAUUUACACUAAGGAUAAAAUUGCAUUACUCAUAAAAACUGUCAAGCUGAAUUAUUCUGAGGUGACUUAUUAUGACAGAUGUUGGACAAAAGUUAGUCAAUUACUUAUCUGUUUAAUCUCUGACUGAGAAUGAUGUCCCAAAGACACCAGUUAAAUGAUGGUGUAGCAUAGUAGGGCGCCUUGGUGGCUGAUAGAAUGACACUAUUAUAAUUCUGUGUGUCAGAGCUCGGUGUUCAAUUCUGACGCUGUCCAUAAAGAGUUCGUAUGUCCUUCCUGUGAGCGUGUGGGUUUCCUCCAGGUGCUCUGGUUCCCUCCCGCAGUCCAAAGAAAUACCAGUUAGUAGACUAAUUGGUUAUUGUAAAUUGUUUCAUGAUGAGGCUAGAUUAAAUUGAGGGUGGCAUUGCUCAUUGGUCUGCAAGGGUUGUGUCUCUAAAAUAAAAAAUUAAGAACCAAAUCCAUUGUUCCAUUAUGACGUUCCAUUGUGAACAUCAGUCAUAUGUUAUGCUCAUACCUAUGUCUAAAAGAACUGUAAUAUUAAAGGUCAUUAUAUACGUUUACAUGUAUUAGGAAUUUGCAGGGGUGUAUUGGUGAGGGCACGAUGUGGAACAAAAAACAACAGAAUUCAAUAAUGACGAAGAAUAAAAUGAUGUCACUGUGAUGUGAUGUCACUGUUUUAUAUUUCCCUUUCGUCUUUACCACAGACAAAUUUAAUCCAACCCAUUUUGUGUUUACUUUUUUAAACAAUUGUUGGUCAUUUUUGGGGGAAAAGGCACAAAAUUGGCCUUCUGAAAUAAAUUAAAACCUUUCCAUCAGUAUAAAACUCAAUCCAGGAUCAGAAUAUCCAUGGGCUAUUUAAGGGAAAAAGCCCAAAUGAUGCACACAGAGUUCUGGAGGAACUCAGCAGGUCAGGCAGUAUCUCUGGAGAGGAAUAAACAGUCGAUGUUUUGGGUUGAGACCCUACAUGAGGACUGAGAAGGAAAGGGGAAAAAGUCAGAAUAAGAAUGUGGCAGAAGCACAAGCUAGAAGGUGAUAGGUGAAACCAAGCUGGCAAGGUAAGCCCAAAUAAAAUUGAAGAUGGCACGACAGCAUAGCUGUAGUGUAACACUCUUACAAAUGCCAGUGAUCUGGGUUCGAUUCCCGCCACUGUGAGGAAUUUGUACGUUCUCCCUGUGACUGUGUGGGUUUCCUCUGGGUGCUCCAGUUUCAUCCCACAUUCCAAAGACGUAUGGGUUAGUAGGUUAAUUGGUCACAUGAGUGUGAUGGUGUUGUGUGGACUUCUUGGGCCAAGAGGACCUGUUAUUGCACAAUUCACUAACAAAAAUAAUAUAGAGGAAAAGGUCCAUGCCAUUAGAACCAAUAUAUGGCUGAACUAAUAAAUCUUUGACUGGCCUCAAUUCAGAUUCCAAUUUCUGAACAAUCGCACUGACCAAAGACCUCUGUUUACUUAAUAACAGUUCAAAUGGAAUUGAAAGCAUCAGACCAAAUCGUGAUGUAACGCGCUUGCCCUUAUGACUAAGAGCACAUUCGUUGGACUUAUGAUGGCCCAUUCUAUUGAAGUUCUCACCAUCUUUCUCACAUAUUUCCAAUGUCCUUUCUAGUCCUGAUGAAGCGUCUCGGCUUGAAACAUCAACCGUUCAUUCUUCUCCAUAGAUGCUGCCUGACCUGCUGAGUUCCUCCAGCAUUUACUGUGUGCUAUUGGGGCUUUUGUUGUUUAAAUAGCCCAUUUUGCUGUAGUCCAGAGUCAAGCAAACUGAAAGAAAGAAAGAAAAGAUGUUUUUGAAAUUCAUGCUAAAACUUCAGAUAUUUUUCAAUAAAGUUCCCUCACCAUAGAGUCAGGAUCAAAGAUCACUUCAAUACAGAAACAGGCCCAUCAGCCCAUCUAGUUUGUGCCAAACUGUUAUUCUACCUAGUAACAUUGACCCACACCUGGACCAUGGCCCUCCAUACCCUUCCCAUCCAUGUACCUAUUCAAACUUCUCUUAAGUGUUGCAAUCAAACUCGCAACCACCACUUCCACUGGCAGCUUGUUACACACGCUCACCACCCUCUGUGUGAGUAAGCCCCCCUUCACAUUCUUCUUAAGCUUUUCACCUUUCACCCUUAACCAUGACCUCUAGUUCUAGUCCCACCCAACCUCAGUGGAAAAAGCCUGCUUGCAUUUACUGUGUCUAUACCCCUCAUAAUUUUGCAUACCUCCACCAGAUUUCCCCUCGAUCUUCUACAUGUCAGGCACCAAAGUCCUAAUCUACUCAGUCUUUCCCUAUAACUCGGGUCCUCCAGUCCCGGCAAUAACAUCAUAAAUUUUCUCCGUACUAAAUAAUGUUUAUGUAUUAAUCUCUGAUUUACAAGAUUUGUAUAUACCUGUAUUUAAGAAUUAAAUUAUAUAUUGUUAAUAGGGCACAGGAGUAGAACAGUAUGUUGCAUUUUACUCUUCUAAAUCAUCUGAUCUACUCUGUCCCAUAUUACAGAAUAUCAAAAAUGUUUGCUUCAUGGAUGCUGCCCACCCUGCUGGGGAUUUCCAUUAAUUUUUGCUCAGUUCCAGUUUUGCAAAUUGUACACAGGAGGUGCUGUGGAUGCUGAAAGUCCAGAGUGACACACACAAGAUUAUAAGUCACUCAGUUAGAAAUACUCAGAGCUAUCAUCACUGGGGGUACUUAAUGGUCUGGGACAGAAGUACAUCACAGAAUCAUUUUCACUUUAUAAUCCUGGUCGAACUCUCAGGUCUUGUUCCGCUGGGUCAUUUAAAUUUUAAAAAUCUCCCUCAAAAGAUAAUUGGCAUGUCAGCUUUUUUGAACUAUACCCCUAAACUAUGGAAUUCAAUAUCUAAAACUAUGGGUGUCACGAUAGCGUGGUGAUGAUUUACAGUACCAGUGACCCAGGUUCAAUUCCUGUUGCUGUCUGUAAGGAGUUUAUUCAUUCUCCCUGUGGCUGUAUGGGUUUCCUUCAGCUGCUCUGGUUUCCUCUUAUGGUCCAAAGAUGUACCGGUUAGGUCAUUGUAAUUUGUCCCAUGAUUGGGCAAGGGUUAAAUUGGGGAAUGCUGAGCUGCAGUUGUAAGGGCCAGAAUGACCUUUUCCGCACUGUAUUUCAAUAAAGAAACAAGGCUGGCAGACCCAGUUGACACUUUGAAAUGCCAGCUAUAACUAUUUAUUUAACCUUGCUUUUAACCAACAUCUUCAUCUUUUAUUUUCAUGUUUAUACUUCUAUGCCAUUGUAAAGCACUUUGAACUACAUCAUUUGUAUGGAAAGUGCUCUAUAAAUGAAGUUAUUAUUAUUAUUUCAGUUUACCACAAGCAGCUCAAAGGAGUGGAGAGUAGUUAACCCCUAGUGAUGGAGACUUGUUGACCGUUACCAUACCACCUACACUGGUGUCUUGUUGAAUUGAGCAUUCGUUGUACAUGACUCUAGUCAAAGUUCAAAGUAAAUUUCUUGUUGAAGUACAUAUAUGUCACCAUAUACUGCCCUGAGAUUUGGGGUUUUUUUUGCAGGCAUUUCACAGCAAAAUAAAGAAAUACAAUAGAAUUUGUGAAAAACUAUACAUAAAUGCACAAACAACCAAUGUGCAAAUGAAGACAAACUGUGCCACUGUCCAGUUGUAGAUUCCUUGAAGUGAUUCUGUAGGUUGUGGAAUGUGUUCAGAGUUGUCGUGAGUGAAGUUAUCCACACUGGUUCUGGAGCCUGACGUCUGAGGGGUAAUAACUGUUCCUAAACCUGGCUGUGAGUUACCUAAAUCUCCUGAGCAUUGGUGUUUCAGGAGCUUGAUGGUGGUAGGGUAAUAACUGCUACUCAACCUCAAAGCACUUUCCAAUUGAAUAAAAAUUGUUUUAAUAUCAUGACAUUAACAUGCUGAAGUUUUAGAGUGAUUUGAUGCAACAGAAUUGUUGAUUUAUUUAUCACAAAUGUAUUGGGUAUUACAAAUUAUUAUGAAUAUUUUGGCUACGAGAACAUUUCCAUAUACAAGAAUCAAUAAUUAGCCCCCUCCCCCUCUCAAAUCUCUUACUAGCUUUUCUUUCAGUUAGUCCUGAUGAAGGGUCUCGGCCCGAAACGUCGACUGUACCUCUUCCUAGAGAUGCUGCUCGACCUGCUGCGUUCACCAGCAACUUUUAUGUGUGUUGGUCAAUAAUAGCCAGUUGCUUUCUUGAGUCAUAGUCAUAGAACACUACAGCACAGAAACAGCCCCUAUGACCCAUCUAGUCUGCGCCAAACUUGUAAUCUAGUCCCAUCUACCUGCACACAGACCAUAGCCCUCCAUGCCCUUACUAUCCAUGUAUCUAUUGAAAUUUCUCUUAAACGUUGAAAUCGAACCCGCAUCCACCACUUGCGCUGGCAUUUAUAGUUAAAUAAUUCUACAUUUUCCAAGAUCCUUCUUUAUCUGAGAGAACUCUGAAUUAAUUUCAUUUGUUUUAUACUAGUAUGAACAUCAGCCAAACACUUGGGAUACGGGACCCUCCAAGUACUGUAUGAAUUUGUGAGGUGUGAAGCCUACAAAAAGUAAUGGAUACUGCCUUGUCCAUCACGGGUAAAGCCCUCUCCACCAUUGAGCACAUCUAUAUGGAACAUUGUUGUAGGAAAGCAGCAUCUAUCAUCAUGGCUCCCCACCUUCCAGGCCAUGCUCUCUUCUCACUGCUGCCAUCAGAAGGUACAGGAGCCUCAGGUUCAGGAGCAAGAUUCUCAACCAUCAGGCUCUUGAACCAGAGGGGAUAACUUCACUCACCCCAUCACUGAACUGCUCUCACAACCUCUGGACUCUCUUUCAAGGACACUUCAUCUCAUGUUCUCAAUAUUUAUUGCUUUUUUUUCCCCUUCAUUUUGUUUCUGCACAGUCUAUUGUCUUCUGUACAUUGUUUCUCUGGACUUUUGGGUGUGGUCUUUCAUUAAUUCUAUCGUCUUCCUUUUAUUUACUAUCGAUGGCUACAAGAAAACAAAUCUCAGGGUUGUAUAUGGUGACAUAUAUGUACUUUGAUAAUAAAUUUACUUUGAUCUUUUGUAAACCCAAUGAGAUCAGAAUAUCUUGGGCAUAGGAAUUUAGACCGAUUGUUGUGCCUUACUGCUGUCAUGUUGGGCCUCAAUUAGGUUAGGAUAUUGUUAUCAUGGGUAGAAAAUACAUAAGAGUUGUGCAAGCAAGUGGCAAAAUAAAUCUUAAAAUGUAAUUGAAAUAAUUAUGCUUUGCAAGAAAUUAAAUAGUAAUGUGCUUCUCUUAAUGAAAAUGGUGGCCUUAAAAAUGAAUUUGAAUUACUAAAGAAAAUGGUUACCAGCUCAGGAGAUCUGCUUAAAUGUGGCCUCAAAAUAGUUUUGCUAUAUUUUGUUAUGAAAGUAGGCCUGCAAAAGGGAUAAUAUCACUUUAAAAUGGAAAGAAUUAAAUGUCUUGAUAAUGCACUGUAUAGUAAAAUUUAUAUUUAAGAUCAGUGACAGAAAUGAAUGUUUUGCACAACAUUGUAAUUCAUGCAUAAGACAGAAUUCCAAUGUGCAUUUUAUAAACACCAUGUUAAUUGACUCAAAAUAUGAGAUGGAAAGAAUGCGUUGUGGUUUUAUUUUUAAAAGCAUUUACUGUAUAUUCUUCAUUAUUCUUGAUUUACCGGGAUAUAAGG